UUGUGUGCGCGCAUAUCUUCAACUUGUCCCACGGAAUAAAAUUAUGUGAGUGAAGAAAAAAUUUUUCUGUGACAAAAAAACAGCGAAAAUUCUAGUGAAAAAGUACCAAAGACGCGUAAAAAACCGAGCGGCGCACUAAAUUAACGCAUUUUCCAGCAACGUAAUUGAUGAAUUUGUGAUCGAAAAGCGGGAGAAACGCGAAAAACUACUGACAAAGAGAUUUUUUUUUGAGUUCUUGUUUUGUAUGUUACCACGAAAUACUAGAAAGAAAGAAAGAAGAAACGAUUCUGUGUCGUAGAAAAGUAAGACGUACAAAAAAAAUCGAAGUCGAGUCAUCGGAAAGAAAAGUAUUUAAAGUAAUAUUUAAUAGAAAAAAGGGUCAAGAAUUAUUAAAAAUCGAAAAAUAUUUUGAACGAAAAUUCUAAAAAAUGGGAAUUGUGGUGAAAUACACGCGAGAAUAUAAAUAAAUAAAAAAAAUAGCAAAAUGGAUGAAAAACAUCAAUAAAGAAAUUGUUUCGUAGGUCGUGCACUAAUAUUUUUCAAGUUCACCUUGAUUUUAAAACGUUCGCUUCCAAUUUUUCGACAAGAGCCAAACACAAACAAAAUCUAUCUCGAAAUCGAAUAAAUCUAAUUACUACGCAAUUUCAAUUUAAUAGCAGCUGUGUGUUAUAUUUGAAAACAAUUACAACAACAACAACCACAACCUAGAUAAAAUUCAAGAACCGUUAGAUUAAAAAAACAAAAAGUGAAAUAUGUUAACCAUAAUGACGUCGAGUGAGACGGAGCGACUGACAAAAUCAAUUAAAGACGAAAUAAUCGAGGAGCAUGGCGGGAAAAAGGAUCAUGACGACUAUCUGGAGGAGGACAGUACGGAAAUCAAAAACCCUUUUGUACACAAAGUAGAAUGGAACGAUCCGUACGAUAAAAUACGGACGGCAAUUUUCACAGUAUUCGUUUUGCCAAUCAGAACAAUAUGCAUCGUUAUACUCCUCACAAUCUCUUGGAUACUGGCGUGCAUUGGCUUGUACGGACUCUCACGAGAAGAUCUGAAAACGAAACCCAUCAAAGGUUGGAGAAGAGUGAAUCGUAUGGUUUUGGCAAAACUAGCUGUGCUCGGCUAUGCAAUGGGCGGCGUGCAAAUUAAGACAAAGGGCCGUCAAGCGGACAAGCGUCAAGCACCAAUUUUAGUUGUUGCACCGCACAGUUCCUUUUUGGAUGCCAUUAUCAUUCAUGUGUGUGAAUACAGCAGUCCACUUGCGCGCGACAAUGACCAAACAUUUGGCAAGCUCAUCGACUACACUCAACCGAUUUAUGUGUGUCGAGAGGAUCCCGAUUCGCGUCAUAAUACAAUCAAGGAGAUCAAUGAGAGAGCAAAUUCCAAAGAAGAUUGGUCGCAAAUCCUAAUUUUCCCGGAAGGAACUUGCACGAAUCGAACGUCGCUCAUUCAAUUCAAGCCGGGAGCUUUUUAUCCAGGCGUUCCGGUGCAACCAGUGUGCGUGAGAUACCCUAACAAGACUGAUACUGUCACUUGGACAUGGGAUGGACCUGAUGUCAUCACAUUGCUCUGGCGAACACUUACUCAAAUGCACACGUACUGCGAAAUCGAAUUUUUGCCGGUUUACACCCCAAAUGAGGAAGAAAAGAAAGAUGCUCGACUCUUCGCCAGAAAUGUUCAAGCAGUAAUGGCCAAGUCCCUCGGUGUCCCGAUCUCCGAUUACAGCUUCGAAGAUUGUCGCUUGAUGAACUCUGCGAAAAUCAUGAAGAUACCAAAUUGCGCUGCUGCUGCCGAUACUCUGAAAUUACGCAAAAAAUUAGGAAUGGAUCAAGACAACAUCGAGGAAACGCUCAUCGAUAAAUUUUCCGGAGAAAAAGUCUCCAAAGUAGGUUUAGCGGAAUUCGCAUCAAGACUGCAGUUGGAUACGAAAGACGAAAAUACAAUUAAGCUAUUUAAGUUGCAUCGUUCAUCCGACAAACAAGUAGAUUUUAGGGAUUAUUUAUUGUGUGCUCUAUUCAUAAUUACGUUAGAAAAACCAAAAAUUCAACUCGUUGAGUUACUUUUCAAGCUUUACGGUAAAUCUGGUGAAGCAUCGCAGGAUAUUUUUUACGAAAUAAUGAAACAUGUACUUAAAAAGUGUAGUAAGGAUAAAGCUGAGCACAUCUUUCAGCAGAUUGACAAAAGCAAAAAUGGCUUUUUGACAUUCGAUGACUUUCAUAGUUUUACACGAUUGAACCCCGAAUACACCUAUUUAUUUGAAAAAUAAACAAAGUAAGAUACAAAAAUGCCGCCGUUGCAAAAUAAACAAGUAAACUAUUAUUAUUAUUAUUAUAAACUAUUAAAAAAACUUUGAUGUGAAUAUUUAUUAUUGAUGAAAAAGUACAUUUUAAUUAUUUUUAAUAUAAUAUUUCACGUAUAAGGUACAUGUAUAAAAAAAAAAUA